UAUCGUUAUUAACAAUUAAUAUAUAAACUAUGAAGAAUGUUAAGUUAGCAUUAGGAUUAUUCACGGUAAGUGGAUUAGGUGGUUGGUAUAUAGGCAAAUAUUCUAAACAAGGAAAACAUUCUCAUACGGAGGAAGACAAUGGAACGAGUAUUUUUCGUAAUAUUAAACGUAUGCCCGGUUUGCCAAUAUUUGGUACCGUAUCUGCACAUGAAAAUCUCUUAGAGCCUUCAGAUGUAGAAUCGGAUAUGGGUUCAAAAUUAUCUGCAACUGCAACAAGAGUAUCCCAGAUUAUGAAAUUUGGUUUUCCUGGUUAUGAUAACAUCAGAUCAUAUGAAGAUUUUAUAUUGUCUUAUGAUAGAAGAAAUCGUGUUGCUCAUUGGGUAUUUGAACAUUUAAACAAAGAAAGAUUACAAUAUAAUGAAAAUGUAAAUCGUUCAAAAUGUGAAUUUACGCCAGAUACAAGUAUACAUCCUUAUUUUAGAUCUGAUAACAGUGAUUAUAAAGGAAGUGGUUAUGAUCGCGGGCAUUUAGCAGCAGCUGGAAAUCAUAAACUACAUCAAAAACAUGUGGAUGAAACAUUUUAUCUUUCAAAUAUGGCACCACAAGUCGGCGUUGGUUUUAAUAGGCACUCUUGGAAUAGACUAGAAAAAUAUGUGAGAAAAUUAACUGAUGUUUAUAAAGAUGUUUAUGUUUGUACUGGUCCAUUAUAUAUUCCAAAAAGAGAUAAUGCAGAUGGUAAAUUAUAUGUACGUUACGAAGUUAUUGGUGCAAAUCAUGUUGCAGUACCAACACACUUUUAUAAAGUAAUUGUUGGGGCAACUCAUGACUCAAAUUUUGAAAUGGAGGCUUAUAUAAUGCCAAAUAUGCCCAUUGAUGACAAUACUCCUCUUAAAAAUUUCCGGGUACCACCAGAAACUAUUGAAAGAGCAGCAGGUCUUUUAUUUUUUGAUAAAUUAUCUCGUGAAAAACUUAGGAAAGUCAAUGGGAAAAGUAUAGCAUAAUUUUAUUUUAAACACAAUGAAUUAGUAGUCAAUUUUUAUAACUAAUUUCUUUCAUAUUUAUUUAUAAAUUAAAUAUCACUGUUAAAAAUGUAGAUUCAAAUAGCUAAUCGAAAGUUAUAGAAAAUUGAAAUCAAUAUUUAUGUGAAUAUAUAUGAUCAUGUGAAAUAUAUCCUUUUUUUUCCAUCUCGUUUAAUAAUAUGAAAUCAUGAUAUGAAUAAUGUAUUGAGACUAUUUUAUAAUUAUAAUAGAACUAUUUUAAUGGAUAUAAAAAAUUAUUUUUUUAAAUUAUAUAUAUAAAAUUUUAUGAAAUAACGAUGUAUUACCAUUUAUAUUUUGAGAUUUUAUUGCCUUUUAUACAAUUGAUGAUAGAAGCUUUCAUCACUUAUGUUAUAAUAAAUUCAAUACAUACAUUUUACCAAUCACGAAAAUGAGUACUUAUAGAAAAAGUACAUAUAUUCAUGUUUAUAUAGUUUUAGGCACGACCGCAGGAAGUGUCAUAUUAAUAUUUAAAUUUCAGUCUAAUAAGAGAUACAAUUUUUUUUUUUUAUUGUGUGUUUCGUGUCUAAUUUCUACAAUAAUUCCGUCAAUUUUUAUAUGCUCAUAGCCGGAAACUAAUAAUUCUUAUUUUUAAAUUUUAUUAUCUUUAAUUAUUAUUUUCCGACUAUAGCUAUAUUUUACAUGCGUUUACAUAUAAAUAUUGUAUAACACGUAGUAAUAUUGUUAUAGCACUAAUAUAGUAGCACAUAGAUAGUAUUAUAUCAUUACGACUUUCCAAGAAAUAUGUAUAUAUAUAUGUGUGUGUUUGUGUGUGUAUAAAGAUUACUAUUUGCCGUAUUGUUGUCAUGUCUAAAGUGCGUAGUGAAUCGUACAGACGAUUUUUUACGCGUAUAUGUGUAUGUAUAUAUAUAUAUAUAUGUAUAGUUCAUUAUUUAAUAAGUAUUUUGAACGCAUUCUUGGUCGAGUUAAUUCUCGCCAUUACUUUGGUCACAGUAGUAAUAUUAUUACAUACCAAAGAGUACAUUGUUGUUAAAAUACUACGUUAAUUUUAAAUACAGUAUUCAUAUAAAA